AUUCAACUCACUAGCUAAUUAAGAACAUACAUACACAAAUUAAGGAUAGAUUUAAACAUUAAGAUGAGGUUCUUCCUUGUAGCUUCUAUGGUUGUGUUAUGUUUCAUUGGGAUUAGUGAAGGAGGUAGCUUAAGGAAGAAUUUCUAUAGAACUUCAUGUCCUCAAGCUGAGCAGAUUGUUAAGAACAUAACCCAACAACAUGUCUCUUCAAGACCUGAGCUCCCAGCCAAGUUGCUAAGAUUGCAUUUUCAUGAUUGUUUUGUUAGGGGGUGUGAUGGUUCUGUUUUGUUGGAGUCUACCGCAAGUAACACCGCAGAGAAGGAUGCAAUUCCUAAUUUAUCCUUAGCAGGCUUUGAUGUGAUCAAGAACAUAAAAGAUGUUGUGGAAGCAAAAUGUCCUGGAACUGUUUCAUGUGCUGAUAUACUUGCAUUGGCUGCUAGAGAUGCUGUUUCUGUUCAAUUUAAUAAUGAACCAAAGUGGGAAGUGCUUACUGGUAGAAGAGAUGGUACUGUGUCCAAAAGCAGUGAAGCACUCAUCAAUAUCCCAUCACCUUUUCAAAACAUCACCCAACUCAAGCAAAUAUUUGCUAGUAAAAACCUUACUCUUCAUGAUUUGGUUGUUUUAUCAGGAGCACACACUAUUGGAGUAGGACAUUGCAAUUUGUUUAGCAGAAGACUUUUCAAUUUCACUGGAAAAGGUGAUCAAGAUCCAUCUUUGAAUCCCACUUAUGCUAAUUUCUUGAAGACCAAAUGUCAAGGCCUAAGUGACAGAACCACAACAGUAGAAAUGGAUCCAAAUAGUUCAACAAAAUUUGAUGGACAUUAUUAUCCUAUCCUUCUACAGAAUAAAGGUCUCUUCACAUCAGAUGCUACUCUUCUAACAACUAAGCAAUCAAGAAACAUUGUUAAUGAAUUGGUUUCACAAAACAAAUUCUUCACUGAAUUUGCACAGUCAAUGCAGAGGAUGGGAGCUAUUGAGGUUCUGUCAGGUUCAAAUGGGGAAAUUAGGAGGACGUGCUCUGUUGUUAAUUAAUUAAUUUUUCAGUUUUGUUGUUGUAAUUUAGUUAUAAGUUCUUUUGUCACCAAUUGAUGUGGUUUGUCAAGUUUGCCAAUAUGCCAUCAAUAAGUCGCAAAUCUGCUUUGUGAGAUUUUUCUGUAUUCAAAAUUAAAGUAAUAAAUCAUGGUCUUAUUUUAUGA